AUGAGUAGAUUAAAUCUACUCAGGCUUCAACGCCUGACUUGCAUACCAGUGCGAACAACGUUUCAGCCACGAUACAAUGACAAGAUGGUUCCGGUCACGUUUGAAAGUGAGUAUUUUUUGAAGAAAUUGAGGUGGGGACAUUUUUUGUCUUCUGAAUAAGGUUUAGUUUGCCUAUUUUAGAUGUCGUAUUUCCUCCAAACGGCGAGAUGAAGCUUCCAGUAAUGCCAACAGAGCCGUUUUUUGAUCCGGAGCUGGGAGAAGAGAAGUACAAGACCACGAGGAGGAUGAUCGAGGUCAGAGGAGUUGAACCCAUCCACAAUACCUUGAUUCACAAACAAUUUGGUCUGGCUGCAGUUAGUGGAGGCUUUUUGAGGCCGAUUGACUUUAAAUUCUUGCAGGUAAAGGUUUUUUCUUUGUUUUUAUUCUGAAUUUAGACUCGAAUCAACAAAAACUUGAUGAAGAAUCAGUUCGCCGUCUGGAGAGUACCAGCUCCAUGGUUGCCCAGGACUAGAAAGCCGCAGGGAACGAAAUUAGGAGGGGGAAAGGGUCAAUUGAAGAACUACGUCACUCCAGUGAGAGCAGAGAGGAUUAUCCUUGAGCUUGGAGGUUAUAUGACUGAACUUGAGGUGGGUAUGGGUAUAGAUGUUGAGGUAGAGGUAUAGUAUAGAAUAUUUUUAAAAAUGUAGAAAGUUGAUAUGUAUAUUGAUUUGCAUUUUAUAGUAAUUGAGGGAUUUAUGUUUUAAGUAUUUGAAAAGUUGGUUUUUUUAAAGAAAAAUACCAAAAUUAUAUUGUUUUAGGCCAGAGCAUACGUUACAUACAUGACAGACUUUCUUCCAGUUCCAGUUCGUUUUGUAUCAGAAGACAUGAUGGCAGCUGAAAGGCAACAGCAAGAAGAUAUCAAAAAGUACAACAAAAAUCCGUGGAAUUGGGAGAAGAUGAUCGACUACAAUAUGCAAAACUGUCGAAGUUGGCUCACUCAAUAUGACAUUAUGUGGAAGGGAAAAUAUAAAUAA